AGAUAUGUCUCAAGCGAAGAAAGAAGAAAAGAAAGACGAAUUCAAAAUCAAGCAAACUACAGAGGAAGAGGAUGCUGCUGAUGCAGAGGAAAAGGAAAAAUACAAGCAUUUUGUAGACAAAAUUCUUGAUCCUAAUCUUGAAGUUUCAAGGAAAGCACUCGAUGAAAUUAAAAAGGAGGUCAGUACUGCAACCAGCUCGAUGACUAGUGUUCCUAAGCCACUCAAAUAUAUGAAGCCUCAUUACGACGCUAUCAAGGAUGCUUACAAUACUAAAUUUAGUGGUGAUUUUAAGAAAGAAGUAGCAGAUUUACUCUCUGUUCUUGCCAUCACAAUGUCUGAGAAGGAUUCUAACGAAUGUCUGAAAUUCUUGCUGGAGGGUACGAAAAAGACAGUAACAGAUUGGGGAAAUGAAUACCUCAGAUCCCUCUCUGGAGAAAUCUCAGUUGUCUAUAAUCAAAGACUUGAAAAAGAAGAAUCAACAGAAGACCUUAACUUUUUGAUUGACAUAAUUGCUCCUCACUUAGUGAAGCAUAAAGAAGAAACGGAAGCGAUUGACCUUCUCACAGAGGUUGAGCAGCUUGAAAAGAUCAUUGAUCUAUGUAACGAGGAUAAUUAUUCCAGAAUGACUUUAUACUUGAGGAAUUUAGCUCCAUAUGCAGCUGACCAAGAAGAGAUGAAUAUUAUUUUUACAACCAGUUAUAAGGUAUACUUUAAGUUAGCCAAAUAUCCUGAAGCUCUCCUAAUGGCUCAAAAGAUGAAUGAUGAUGACAAAGUAAAGGAAGUCAUGGAAACUUGCACUGACCCAGUUGUUACUAAACAACUCUGCCUCAUGCUCGGAAGGCAAAGAACAAAUUACGAGACUGAAGACGACGAUCUGAUGGCUAUUAUCUCCUAUGAAGGCCUUAGUGAGCAUUUCAAAUCCUUAGCUAGAGAUUUAGAUACUUUAGAGCCAAAGACUCCUGAGCAAAUCUUUAAAAGCCAUCUCGAGGAGAAGAAGAAUGAUGCAAAGAUUGAUUCAGUGAAGGAAAACUUGGCAGCCACGUAUGUCAAUGGAUUCCUGAACGCUGGCUACGGAACUGAUUCUCUCAUCACAGGAGCAACUGAUAAUGACGAAUGGAUCUGGAAGAACAAAGAUAGCGGAAUGACAGCAGCUGCAGCAUCUCUUGGGCUUAUUCAUUUGUGGGACACUGAUGAAGGAUUUUCCAAAAUUGAUAAAUACAUGGAAUCGACUAAUGACCUCAUCCAAGCAGGAGCCUAUAUGGCAGUCGGAAUUAUCAAUUCGGGAAUCAGGAAUGAAAGUGAUCCAGUUUUUGCCAUUCUGAGUGAACAUCUCGAAUCAGAUAAUGAGUAUAAGAAAAUUGGAGCCUUAAUGGGGCUUUCCUUCACUUAUGCUGGCUCAGCAAGAGAUGACAUAAUGGAGAUGGUUUCUCCAAUUGUCCUUGAUGGAGACAAUUCAGUAGAGGUCUCAAGUAUCGCUGCUCUUGUCCUUGGGCUUAUUUUCAAUGGAUCCUGUAAUGAAGAAGUAGCAAGUUGCAUUAUUGAAACCUGUAUGGAAAGAGAGCCUCAAGAUCUUGAUAAUCCUCAUGCUAGGUAUUAUGCACUCGGACUUGGUCUUCUUUUCUUUGGCAAGCAAGAUGUAGUAGAUGCCUCAUUAAUGAUGAUUUCCACUAUUGAACACCCAAUCAGAAGAUUCAUGGAGAUCUUCAUGAAAGGAUGUGCUUACGCCUGUUCCGGAAAUGUUCUCCAAAUUCAAGAACUACUUCACAUCUGUGCUGAACAUGAAGAAAAAGAAGACAAGAAAGAAGAAGAAGAUAAGAAAGAAGAAGACGUGGGUGAAGCUAAAGAAGAGGAGGAAAAGAACACAAAUCAUUUCCAAUCAGCAGCAGUUUUGUCACUUGGACUCAUUGCUUUUGGAGAGGAUAUUGGCUCUGAAAUGGCAAUGAGAACCAUGAAUCAUUUCUUACAGUACGGAGAUCCUGAAAUUAAGAGAGCUGUUCCACUUACUAUUUCUUUGCUUUGCAUGACUCAAGGAAUGGGAACAGCUGGUAAAAAUAACCAAAUCAUGGAUCUUCUUGGAAAACUCUCAUAUGAUGGAGAUAAUCAGCUGGCCAUCAAUGCUGUACUCUCCCAAGGGCUAAUCUGGGCAGGAACUAAUAACUCAAGGUUAGCUGGAAAUUUGAGACAACUGGCUAGUUAUUAUGCUAGGGAUCCAGAUAUUCUAUUGAUGGUUAGAAUUUCACAAGGAUUGGUCUCAACUGGUAAAGGAUUGAUUAACUUACAACCAGUGCACUCUGAUAGAAUCUUACAAUCAAAUGUUGCUCUCAGUGGAAUCUUAUGAGUAUUAUUGACUUGCACAAACCAUGAUAAACUUUUCUUCAAUAGACUACAUACAAUGCUUUAUUACCUCGUCUUGGCAAUGUAUCCUAGAAUGAUGGUCACUCUUGAUGAAGACUUGAAUCCACUAAAAGUAGAUGUUAGAGUAGGACAGGCAGUAGACACAGUAGGAAUGCCAGGACAGCCAAAGACAAUCACAGGUUUCCAGACACAUAAAUCUCCUGUAUUACUCAACUAUGGUGACAGGUGCGAAUUUGGCACUGAAGAAUACCUCCCAGUGACACCAAUAAUUGAGAACUUCGUGAUCCUCCAAAAGAAUCCUGACUACAAGCCUCCUGAAGAAGCUAAGCCUCGUAAAUAUUAAGCCCAAAUUCAAUAAGAUUUUAUCUAUUCGG